CUCACGUUGAACGUAAACGCAGGAGAAACAUCAAAGCAAACGUAUUUACGUAUUUUUCUGAUGUAUAAAAUAAUUAAGGGGUUAUCGGAAGUUAUAUUGCAGUACAGGUUUUAGCGGCCAAAAUUGUUUAGAGUUGCGAGGGUUGACUCGCGCAUUCUGUAUGUUUGGUACAUUGUUGUCUUAAAGAUAAAGUGGACGAGACCUGAUACUGUUGGUGCAAUGGCCGAUGAGUACAUGAGAGAACCAGAAGGAUUAGAUGGACUACCUCCUUUGUACAGCAUCAUUAAAGGAGAGGUUGCCACUGUAACAGAAUAUGGAGCUUUUGUUAAGAUUCCAGGAUACAGGAAACAAGGUCUGGUUCAUAAGAGUGAGAUGUCUGCAUGUCGGGUGGAGAAACCGGGUGAAAUUGUUGAUGUGGGGGAGAAUGUCUGGAUAAAAGUCAUUGGCAGAGAGAUGAAAGACGAUAAAGUCAAACUCUCUUUCUCUAUGAAAGCUGUUAAUCAAGGCACUGGGCGAGACUUGGACCCCAACAAUGUAAUGGCAGAGCAAGAUGAACGCAGACGGAGGCAGUUCAGAGAUCACAUGGGGCAAAGAAUAACCCUGGAGGCUGUGCUCAACACCACAUGCAAAAAGUGUGGCUGCACAGGUCACUUUGCCAAGGACUGCUUCUCAAAGCCUGGACUGCAAUACAGUUUAGUGCCAGAAGAGGAAGAAGAGGAGGUGCCGCCAUCUGCUCAGAACACCCAAUCCCAGCCACAAAAACGUAAAAAGGAAAAAAAGGCAAAGAAAGAAAAGAAGAAAAAGAAGGAAAGAAAGCGAGAAAGCUCUUCAUCUGACAGCAGCGGCGAUGAUGCCAAGAAACCACGGCAUUCUCACACACAUUCAGAGAAGAAAAAACACAAGAAGCACAAACACAAAACAAAAUGAUAUUAUAUGUUCAACCAGCAAAUUACUCAUGCAUGUGUUCAUUCGAUGUACAGGUAUGAGAUGUACAGGUGUGUGUAGCUGAUAGCAACUUUAAUUCAUUUUGUGUUUAUAUCAAUAUUAAACUAAUGAAUUUUAAAUUCA